AUGCCGCCCUCAGACAGCAAAGCUCUCCUCGUUGGCAUUUCCGGCGUAUCCUCCUCCGGCAAGACAACACUGGCGAGAUUGUUACGCGAUAUCUUCCCUCGAGCUUUCAUUCUGCACGAGGACGAUUUCUACAAGACAGACGCCGAGAUUCCAAAAACGGAACAAGGCGUCGCAGAUUGGGACUGCCUCGAAUCAAUCAACCUACCCUACUUCUCAGACACCUUGAGAUACAUCCGCGAGAACGGACUCUCGCCACCGGAUUUCGCGUCCAAGGAAGACCAGAACUCCAUCGGCCAAGUGGAUGUUGAUCGAACACUGGUACAUGAUCUGGAAUGGAAAGCAAGUAAAUGGAUGUUUGCCGACGCUCCACCGAUCGCCAUCAUCGACGGCUUCCUUCUCUAUUCCGAGGGCAUGAAGGACAUCCGCGACAUGUUUGACCUGAAACUCUUUCUCCGGACGGAUUUCGAGACCGCCAAACACAGACGCAAAGUAAGAAGUGGCUACGUAACACUUGAAGGCUUCUGGGAAGAUCCCCCCGGUUAUGUGGAGAAUGUAGUCUGGCCCAAUUAUGUCAAGGAUCACGCCUAUCUUUUCCAAGAUGGCAAUGUGGAAGGCGCGUACGACGAGGAUGCGUUGAGGAGACUUGCUAUCAAAGCUGCGCCCGAUGCUGCGCAAGCGAACAUGACGGCGACACUACAAUGGGCGUACGAUGUGCUUGAUGAGGCUCUGGAUCGGUUCACAGAACCGCGCUUACCGGAAGCGUGA